AUGUCUUCUCAUCCGCAACAACCACCAAUUCCUAACCCUAACUUAGUUAGUCAAUUACUAACUCGACGACAAUUUUUUGAACAUGAAAGCUCUCAAGUAAAAUAUUUAGAUGACACUUCAAUUUCUUCUAAUUCCACCAUAUUCUUGAGGUUAUGCGAAGAUAUGGAAUAUGUUGUCAAUAGUGUUUGUACCAAGAUUAUGAUUGAGGAUUGCAAGAAUUUAAAAUUAACCGUCAAUGAGAAAAUUCUUACUUCUAUUAUUGAAUUAAAUGCUCAAGUCCAAACCGUACAAAUUGAUCAAUGUAAAAAUGUUAAUUUAGAGUAUGAUAACCCAAGUAAAUUUUAUUCGAUUGUUUGGACAAAUGCUUCCCAUUUAUCCAUGAAAAUUUAUGAAGUUGGUCAAGAGAAGCAUUCUUUAAAUGCUGGAGAUGAAGAUUCUUCGGAUGAUGACAAACCUAAUCCGGUUCAAUAUAUCGUUAGAUUAAUCGACAAUCAAUUGGUUACCGAAGAAUUGAUUCGUGCUGAAAAAGGUUUUCCGACUACUCAAAGGGAAUGGGAUGAUUGGAAGGCCAUAAUUGAGUUACCAGUGAAAGAUGUGAAAGAGUAA